AUGGUAGAACCAAAUAGUACAGAAUCGGUUAAUAGUUUUAAUACUGAAUCAGUAAAUCAAAGUGCUAAUACUGAAUCAGUAAAUCAAAGUGCUAAAUAUGACGGUAUUAUAAAGAGUACUGCUUUAGCCACUGGUAUGCAAAUAGCUAAAAAAGUUCCAAGUAUAGGGGCAAAAACAGCCGUGAUGGGAGGUUCUGUACUUAUAGGUGCUGGAGCGAUAGCAGCUAAAAAUAUAAGUGGUAAUAUGUCAGAAGAUAUAGGGAAAAAGGCUAAUACUUUAAUAUCAAAUUCUACAGAUUUAAAUAAAGCAAUAGAAGAAAUGUUUAAUUUAACAGGGAAUAAUGCUUUAGAUUUAUUAAAUAUUAUUCAAUUUUUUCACAAAUUACAAAUAAUAUUUAUAAUAAUAAUUGUUUAUAAUUUUAUUUUAUUGAAUAUUAAUGAAGACAAAUUAGAAAAUUUUUUAUUAAAGAUAUUUCCUACUAAAAUAAUUAAAUUUUAUAUAAAAUCUCUAAAAUUUUUUAAAAAAUCUGGUUUUAUUAUUAUAAUUUAUUUAUUAAUUUUAUUGCUAAUCUCAAAUUUAUAUUCAACUUAUUACCUUAAUUUCUUUAUUUGUAACUUGGAUAAUAUUAUUGAUAUAUAUUUUAAAAAAUAA